CUCUCCCCUUUGAAUAUUCUCGAACCCCAGAACCUGAAACAACAUCUAUACCUAUCUACCAACUUGAUGAUCGCGAUCAACGGCUUGCUGUCACGCCCACCACACGCCCACCUCUCACGACCCUGAAAACCGCCUCCCCCUCACCAAGGUCCCGUCGUUUCCACUCGGUUCCGCCAACGUCGCCUCUUCUACCAAAUCUUUGAGACGUCAACUUUGAUACACCCAUCGACGACUGCCCGACGCCUCUCGAACAAGACCCCUCUAUCGAUUUCGUGAACUGUCUCCGCAGUCCCUCGUUUUCUUGCCUUCGAGACGCUCCGGGACAUAGACGGUUGCGCAAUUUGCGCUCGCUAUCCAGGCCCCGCCGAUACACGAUCCGGACUUUGAGAAGCCAUGGGCAAAUCGCAGUCCAAGCUGUCGCAAGACCAGCUCGUCGAGCUUCAGAAGUCGACUCACUUUGACAAGAAGGAGCUGCAGCAAUGGUACAAGGGUUUCCUCAAGGACUGCCCCUCUGGCACGCUCACCAAGGAGGAGUUCCAAAAGAUCUACCGACAAUUCUUCCCGUUUGGGGAUCCGAGCUCAUUCGCCGAUUAUGUAUUCAACGUGUUCGAUAGCGACAAGUCGGGCAACAUCGACUUUAAGGAAUUCAUCUGCGCGUUGAGUGUUACUAGCCGAGGCAAGAUGGAAGACAAGCUGGACUGGGCCUUCCAGCUGUACGACAUUGACGGCGACGGCAAGAUUAGCUACGAUGAGAUGCUCAAGAUUGUUGAGGCCAUCUACAAGAUGGUUGGGUCCAUGGUUAAACUCCCCGAAGACGAAGAUACCCCAGAAAAGCGAGUAAAGAAGAUCUUCCGCAUGAUGGACAAGGACGAGAACGGCAGCUUAGACAUGGAAGAGUUCAAGGAGGGAAGCAAGCGAGACGAGACGAUUGUCUCGGCGCUAUCCCUGUAUGACGGGCUGGUGUAGAAAGGCGGGAGAGGAGAAACGACAGACAAGAGACAAACAACCCACUCGCCCAGAAAGUAGAAAGAAGGUUGAAGCGGAAACAGCAUGAAAAGGAGGGCUGACUGACGGGAAACGCCAUGCUUGACUUGGCCUGGAGUGUGAGGAGCUUGUGUCUUUUUGCUUUCCUUGUUUAACUCCUAAGGGCACGUCCUCUUUUGUUUUUUUGUUUUUUUUUGCGAGUGAGGGUCUUGGAGAUGGUUCUAUGAUUACGGAAUAAAUCGUUCAUGUGUCUAAUG